GUGAACCCAACGACACACAAUGUCCAGUUCUGACUUGCUGACUCGUCUCUUAUAUUGCGACAGCCCUACGACGUCCCCAGAGCACCCCCCCUCACAAAGAAAGAAGAGAAGCAGGUUUCCUUCUUUCUCCUCUUCCGCGAGCAAUGCCAAGACAGCCCCCUUUACACACAAGCGCGCAGUCGGACACAGGCUUCGGCUACGGCACGCAUCUACGGCCAGGACCAGCUCAACAAGCGCUAUGGGCAAGUCACCAAGGCCACCGUCGAUCCGUUCACCGCCGUGCCGAUGUACUCCCACAAGUUUCAAAAGCUUCCCCGCACAUUACCUGACCUCGGCUCCCGGCCGUUCGCAAAGGAGUUUUUCCCGCCCGAACUGCACAGUACGCUGGAUGGCGACGACGAGCCCGGGACGAAGCGGCGGCGCGUCGGACCCAAAACCCUUGGCUUGUCCAGUAUCACCUCGUACAAGACGGCUGAAGAAUUGUUUCUUACCGAUAUGCCGCAGGUGGGCAGCGGCGCGAACGCGAACUUGGACAAGGCGCUGGAACUGCUCAAUACCGUGGAGAAGCAGAAUGAGGAUGGCAAGGAAGCCUACCUGUCUGGCGAGGACGAUGACGACUGGGUGAAGGGCAAUGGCGAGGAUGAUGAAGACGGGGAUGCGGAGGAGGAUGAUGUCUACGAAGACGAGUCCGGCGACGACUAUAACGCGGAACAAUACUUCGACGGGAACCAGGACGACGAAGACUACGAUGAAGGUGGCGAUGAUGGGGAGGGCUAUUUCUAGUUAUUCACCAGGUUCAACGGCAGCGGCCGUUGCGACCCCAUGGCCUUCGACGAAAGAUA